AUGGCGAACUCGGCUUCCUCUUUGUAUCCUUUGACCUCGUUCACUGACAAUAUUCCGAACACGCCAGGCUCCGUCCUGAGUUUCGAGCAUCUGAGUUACUCUGUCAAGUCGAGAAAAGGGACGAAGCUCCUCGUUGACGAUGUGUCUGUUCAAAUCCGAGCAGGUGAAUUACUGGCACUCAUGGGACCUUCUGGUGCAGGAAAAAGUACACUUCUGGAUGUGAUGGCAUAUCGUAAGACGAUGAUGGAAGGGGGAUCGAUCCAUCUAAAUGGACAAGCUGUAAGCCCUGGAAUGAUGCACAAGAUCUCGACAUUUGUCGAACAAGAAGACGCGUUGCUGGGCGUAUUAACUGUCAGAGAAUCUGUGACAUAUGCCCUUCGACUCCACUUACCGCUUCUACCCCGAAAGCAAGUCAACGAACGAGUAAAUCGUGUCCUCGCCGCUCUCGGGUUGAAUGGGUGUGCCGACCAGAAAAUCGGGACACCAAUUUCGAGGGGUAUCUCUGGCGGACAGAAAAGGCGUGUAACCGCAGCCUGUGCAAUGGUGACCUUCCCGCGAAUUCUUUUCCUCGAUGAAGUUACGUCGGGGUUGGACAGCACAUCAGCCCGCGAAGUAAUGGCAGCCAUCGGUACCCUUUCCAAAGCAGAAGGCAUGAUAGUCAUUGCAUCCAUCCAUCAACCAUCUCUCGAGACCUUGGCACAAUUUACCAAUGUGAUGUUCCUGGCAUCUGGAAAGACAUGUUAUUUGGGACGAGUCGACGAACUUGAUGCCUUUUUCGAGGAAUUUGGGCAUCCAGUGCCACGCUUUAGCUCUCCAUCGGAUCAUGCGAUGAAUUUUCUGAAUAGUGAUUUUGCAGGAAGUUCCAAGGCUGUGGAUGAAUUCCGUCAAUUCUACACCUCAUGGUCGUCCUCAAUGCUUGCUGAUUCCAAGAACAAUUCAUCGGGACAACUCAUUGAAGACAACUCUCAGCUUGACGGAAAAGCUGGUCCGUUUGCGACAUUAUUCUGGCAUACUGCUGUGCUAUCAGAGCGAACGACUUUGAACUACUUGCGAAAUCUGCUAGCAUAUGGUGUUCGGGUCGGAAUGUACGGCGGUAUGGGACUUAUGCUUGCCACAAUAUGGAUUCGACUUGGAAACUCUGACUCAAUUAUCAACGACCGUCUCUCUGUACAUUUCUACAGUGUCGCAUUCCUGGGAUUUAUGUCUGUGGCUGGUAUUCCUUCGUUCUUAGAAGAGCGUGCGGUAUAUUAUCGCGAAUCCAAGAACGGUCUCUACUCUACCCUCCCCUUCUUACUUUCGAAUACAUUGGUUAACAUUCCAUUCCUUUUCAUUUCCACUAUAAUUUUUACUGUCAUAUGUUAUUGGGCUAUUGGCAUGAAUCCCGGAGCUUCUCAAUUUUUCCGUUUCGUUAUAUAUUUAUUCCUAUCUAUUUUCGCCGCUGAGAGUCAGGCAUUGGUGGUAGCGUCGUUGUUACCUAUAUUUGUUGCUGCUCUGGCAAUCAGUGCUUUCAUGAACGGCUUCUGGAUGAGUGUCGGCGGUUAUUUCAUCAAGGCGCGCUCUCUCCCCAGGUUCUGGUUCUACAGUUUCCAUUAUAUGGACUACCAAAAAUAUGCCUUUGAGUUAAUGACCAACUCGGACCUUAGAGGGCUUUCCUUCACAUGCGACACUAUCAUCAACGGCACAUGUGCUUGCUCCUAUCCUUCUUCGACACCGGACACUUGUACUGUUUCUGGCCAGGAUGUCUUGAAUUACCUUGACAUCGGAAAUAUUGAAAGCAAACACUGGAUUGGUAUCCUCAUCUCAAUCGUCAUAAUUUAUAGGCUCUUUUUAUUCUUUGCUUUGAAAACCAAAUCUGGUUGA